UCCAUACUCCAAGAAAGAAGAAAAUGGCAACUUUACCGAAACUAAAAACACUCCCUUCAUCCCCACAUGAUUUUUCCAUAAGAACUCCACAACCUUCACCCUCUUCUUCUUCCUUAGCCACCUCUAUGAAAUUCAAAACCCUGAUUCACAACUUUAUAUUCUCCCACAUCUUUCGGUUUGCUCGGGCCCUCACGAAGGCCAAGACCAUAAUCAUGGAGCUGCUUAAGGAGAUCCAUUUCAACAAUGUCCACUUUUUUUGGUUCAUGAGAAAGAAUAAGAACAAAAAUAAGCUUUAUUUUGGUUCGUUUAGGUUCCACUAUAACUGGUGCUCGUCUCAUGUUGUCCCAAUGACUUCACCCAACUUGUACAACAAUCAUGUCUACUAUGAUCCCACGUGGAAUUCCUUUGUGGAUGACAUGGCGCCAGAGUCGCAGCUCUCAGGGUACCUCCAUUGGCUAGAAGAGAAGAAUGUCGGUAAUGAUAAUGAGAUAACCGUUGAUGAGAUGAAUGAGAUUGAUCGUCUGGCUGAUAAGUUUAUCGCAAAUUGUCACGAGAAAUUCAGACUCGAGAAACAAGAAUCGUAUAGAAGAUUUCAAGAAAUGAUGGCGAGAAGCGUGGGAAUUUAAUUAAAGGUUGUUCUUGAUCACCUUAGAGGCUUAUUUCCCCUAUUAAGGGGUUGGAAUGGUAUAGUUAUUGUUAACACAACAAGUGCAUGAUGGGGAGGGAAAACUUCUUAGCUUCAAGAUGGAAUUUUGAGAGAAUUGUAGAAGAUAAGGGAGUUUUUUUGUAAUUGUGUAAUUCUUGUUUUUAUAAAUGUGGAUCAUCUUUAAGAAUUUUGCUUCAA